AUGAACAUACUAUCAAAUUAUUUUAAGUUAAACCCAGAGACAUAUGAGCAUUUUAUUUUGUGGAAAUCGACCAUGACUAUCAUAUCCUCCUAUUAGUGCUUCGAUAUUGUUUUAACCAUAGCUUAAGCUCUGAAUUACGAAAUAGAAGGACAAAAACUGGUUUUCAUCUAUCGCAUAAUGAUCUAAGUGUUUUUGAUAAUUGCUUUUCAUAUUGCAAUGAGUAAAUUAAAGAAGGAAACUGCUCUCUUAAUAAAUAUAAUCACAAUGUUGAAAUAUUUCAGUCUAAUAAUUUUAUGGUGUGAAACUAAUUAUGACUUAAUAUAUACUAAUGAAUAUGAUCAAAGAAGUUAUGCAUUUGAGAUUUAUGGAAUCAUGAUAUUGUUUCUGAUUGCAAUUGAGUCAUAGCUUUGCAAGAGUCUUGUAAUUUUAUUUUCGCUGUUUUACACUUUAUUUAGGUAUUAUAAACGCAUUGAUAAUAGAUUCCCUUCAUUUACUGACAAUUUAGAAGUGAUAGGAUCAACAAGGAUCAUUUUUGGACAUCUUAUGAUCUAAUCUUUGUUGAUUUAUAACUUAUAUCAAACUUAAAAUUCAAACGAAACCGUGUUAUAUAGGAACUUCAGCCCAUAACACACUCAAAGAGCCCUUUAUACAAAUACCUAGAGAGAAAUGACAGAACCAUAAAAUAAAAGAAAUAACAUCCAAAACAUAACAAAUGAGGAUCUUGAAAAUCUAAACAAUUUGAAGCAAUUAGAAUAGUAGUAUGAAUUUUUAUUGGUGAAUUUUCAAUGUGGAAUCUACAUUUUUGAAAAUGCCUAACAACCAAUAAGAAUAAUAAAUUCAUUCAUGUCCCAUAUUGUUUUGACCAAUGAUUAGUUAAAUCCAUAGUUGACUCAGUUGGAAUUGUAUGAUUUUGGAUUGCUUUCUGAAGAAUCAUGCACCAUAUUGCCCAGCUUUCAUAGAAGUAAAGACAUCAGUAACUUCAUCAAAUUUACUUAAACCCUUGAGUACUAAUAUAUUAAUAAUGUACAAUUUGAAGAAAAGAAAGAAAUACAGUUCUUUUGUAGGAAAAUGUAAAUGCAAACCUUAAUCGAACAUCUGCUUGCUUUUUCUCACAUCAAAUAUAAUUUAACAAAUUUCGCCUUGGACUUUUCCUUGAAGAUUUAUAUCAAAAAAGACAAACUGUACACUCAAGUCAUUUUGAAUCCCGUGAUUAUGUAAAGUAAACCUCAAAUUCUGAUCUACAUCAACGAUUUAACUGAAGAACCAUUCAUUCUCUAACUCUAACAAUAUCUAAAAAAUAGUGAUGACAUUAUACAAACCAUUUCCUAGAAAAUCAAAGAACCUUUGAAUUGCACAUUGUCAAUGUUAGAACUGGUCCAAAAAGAAGUCAAUCAGGAUUUAUAAAACUAAUAUAUUGAUCCAGCAUUGGCAGGUUGCAAAUUAUUAAUAAGCACUGCAAAUGACUUUUAGGAUUAUGUCACUAUGCAUAAAAAGAAUAAAUUAGACCGAAACUUGAUGGAUAUUCACACUAGAGAAUUCAUUUCAGAUUGUUUAAACAUCAUAAAAGCACAAGCUUUAUUUAGAGGCUUAAAUAUACAAGUUAACAUUAAACAGAAUGUUCCAAUGUUCUUAAGAACUGAUCCAAACAGAGUUCGACAAGUUGUGUUAAGUUUGUUAAUCAAAUCCAUUCAAGUUACUGUUAAUGGUAGCAUCGAAAUUUCCACUUAAAAGUCGCCAUUAUUGACAGAUCACAUAGAGAUAAUCAUUAAGGUCAUGGCUACAACUGUAAACGAAGGAAUCUUAGAAAGCGUAGAACAAACCAUCAAGCACUUGAAAUAACAAACUUUAGUUAGUAAAUAAAUGACAGACAUAGUUGCAACUUCAAAAUAAUAUUCUUUUUCUAUUCUCACAGCCUUCUAUAUAUCCCUAGCUGUUGCUAUCAUGCCUUUUGAAUUCAAUUCAAUUAAGACUGAAGAAGGCACAUAAUUCUAUUUUAUCUUAUUGAUUAAGAAUGAGAAUCCAAACUUCAAUAAACAGCUAACACAAAAAAGGUAAUCUGCAUUGGUUGCAAACAAGUCCCAAUUUCAUUAAGUGUAUGGUUAAAGUGACCAAUUUAAAAGGCAUUAAUCAUAAAGAUUAACAGAAAUAAGCAGAAUAUAAAUUUAAGAGAAACUCAAAAAAAUGAAAAGAGAAUCCUAAGAAGAAACUAUUUCGGGCAAAUAGGAUCCUCAAAUACCCUAAUUUGGAUAAUCUGAAUUUUCUUAUAAUCAACAAUAACCUGGCAAAUCUUACUCAGUUUCUUAAAUCUCAGAAUAAGACGACUCAUAACAAAGUUCAUCAUCCUCGGACUCAAAAGCUGAAAUGAAUAACCCUGAUGGGGAUGAAUAAUCUAGCAAAUCAAGUUUUUAAUUAGAUGAUAAAAUACAGAAAAAGGAAUAGAAACUACAACAUUCUUAAUUUCUUGAUACUAUCAUUUGCGUUAAAGAACCAAAAGCGAGAAAAAUUUCAGUCAGUUUUAUCUAAUCAAGACUACAUCCUUAGAUAGCAUAAUAGCUUACAUCUAAAUAAAGAGAUUCUCUUCUUACCUUUGGAGGACGAUCCUCAGUCUAUUCUUCAAUGAGAAUUUCUUCAGUUAAUUUAGGUCCAAAUGAAUUAUUAGAUUGUUUUGAAAAGAUGGAAAGAAUUAAAUAAUAGUAAUUUAUUUACAAAUGCCAAUGUCCUAAGAUUUUAAUUUGUGAAUAGAAUGACUUUGAUUUAUAUGCUAUCUCACAUCAACUGAGCAAUCUCAAAAUUCCUUACAUUUAUACUAUGCAAAGAAUGCAUAUUGUAGAUUAAUUAAGGAAGCAAUUUUCACAAUACAAAACUUGUUGUAAAGGAUAUCAUAUUGUAUUUGUUGGAGUUGAGUAUGUGAAUGAAUAAUUCAGCCAAGAUUGUGCAAAAAUUAAGGCUGUUUUAAAUGAAUAUUAAAAAGAUACAAGACUAAUUGGAUUGAUUGGAUUUUAGGAUGACGAGAGCAAAAUAGCUCUAAAAAAGCUACCAUUUCAUGAUUGCUUGUAAAAACCUAUAAUGAUUGAUGCUUUGUUAUUCAUUUUAGCUAAAUGGGUCAAAUUGUGA